CAUCCGGCACGGAGCGAGUGGGACCCCCGCUUUGGUUAGGGGAUAAGACGUCUGGGACGGAAUGGAUCUUUCACCACAAAAUCUUCUAGUUCUGCUUCUGGCAAGUUUCCCCAUCUGUUUUUAUGCCUAUCCGAAUGGGCAAGUUACAGACUCCUGUGUCUCAAUGACUCCGAGUCACGGAGCUGCAGCCCAAACUUCCAGCCCACCUUACACCUUAUCACUGGAUAAAACCACCUAUAGUUCUGGGGACAACAUAAAAGUCACCCUCAGCAGCAAUAGCGGUGCGCCUCAGUUCAAAGGUUUUCUGAUCCAGGCCCGCUCGGGGAGCUCCACUACUCCUGUCGGAUCCUUUGUGACCAGCAAUUCUAACACCCAAACCCUGACGUGUACGUCUGCUGCAAGCUCGGUUAGCCAAACAUCGGGCAGUGGAAAGUCCAGCAUAGAUGUUACCUGGGUCGCUCCGGCCUCCGGCAGCGCAGAUAUUCAAAUCAGCGCAUCUGUAGUCCAAACUGAAAAGGUUUUCUGGACAAAUGUGGCAAGUGCGAAGAUUACAUUUGUGUCCUCAAACAGCACAUCCAAUACCCCAGGAAAUACCGGAGGAACCACCUCCCAGACAACUGGAUCCAACAGUGGAGCCCAACGUACUUGGACCCUCCAAGGAUUGCUCUUGUCUUGUAUCAUAGUGAUGGCUUCGUUUAUGGCUUGAUGACAUUCUCCAUUGGAAUAAAUCUUUGGAGCAGCGAUACUGUCCAAUACUUAUCUAAAUUCUGAAAACGAAAUGCACUUUGGAUAUCUACAUUGCCUGUAAAUGAAGACAAUAUGGACAUGUCUGACCGAACAAUGAUUGUCCUUAGAUGUAAAACGAGGAGCAUAAAUAAUGCCAUGGGAAGCCAGAAGGACCUGCUGUAUUGGAGCAACUCAUGGAAGGUCACCAUCGGUUUUGUAUGUCUGCAAUAUUUAUUUGGGUAUUAAAGGGGUACUCCGGCCCUAGACAUCUUAUCCCCAAUCCUUUGGAUAGGGGAUU